GCCGCCAAACACUUGACGGCGGUCAGUUUUCCUCAUCCCGUGGGCAUCAUCAUGGUGUGGAAUCGACUCCGCUUCCCGAACAUGGCCGUCACGUACGUGGCCAAGACUCCCAAGUCCAGACUGCGGGAGAACGAACACAUCUUCCGCGUCGAGACCAAUUACACCAAGCACGACAUCAAGGAGUACUUGCAAAAGGUCUACAACCUCCCUGUCGUCAAGGUUGCCACCAUGAACUACGAAGGCAAGUUCAAGCGCGCAAUGCAAGGACGAUUUGUGUACAAGGAAAAGGACUGGAAGAAGGCGAUUGUGACGCUCGAUGCCAAGGCGGCGUCGGCAGUCUCGAAGUCUGCGUAAGGAUCUGACAUGGACUGGUAAUAGAUCUUUGUUGUAUGAUACAGCACAAGAGGAGGUCGCUCGCAUGCGAAGAAUCGUCCCAAAAGGUCAGCGCUUCGCCAUCACAGCGAACUUCCAUGUACCAAUGUCGUGAGGACUGGCCAACUCAAAUAAUUAAAUCAUGCAGGAGUAGAUUUAAGUUUCCA